CUGGGUCUCCUGACGUCAAGGCCAGCUCUCUAUCUAGGCAGGCUGACAAACCCUCUGCAUGGAUUUCAUUCCAGCCACAGACAACAGCUAGGACACCAGCAAGAAUAAAAGCUUCCAUUUAGCACUCUAAAAGGUUCUAAGGAUUUGUCCAUCUGGGGGAACCCUAUAGCUUCUAUCUUGGAGCUUACAAACAAGGGUUGUCCUUUCUGAAAACAUCCCAGAUGUCUGGAGGAAUCUUCUCUCCCUUGGAUAAACUUUUCGACCCAGACAGUGCAAACUGCCACCCCUUGGUAUGCCACUUGUGCCGUGAGCAGUAUGAGCAUCCAUGCCUACUGGACUGUUACCACACUUUCUGUGCCAGCUGCCUGCGCGGUAGAGCAGUGGACAGCCGUCUCACAUGCCCCCUCUGUGGGCACCAGUCUGUUGUGAAAGGGGUGAAUGCACUGCCUCCAGAGGACCGUCUGCUGAAGUUCUUGGUGGAUAAUUCUGCGGACAGCGAGGAAGUCGUGCAGUGUGCCAACUGUGACUGGGAGUGCAAGAAACAGGUCUUAAACCGUCUUCUGGAUGUGGAUGCAAUGUAUUAUUGCAACACUUGCAACCAGCCCCUGUGUGGAAACUGCAGAGAAGCCACCCACAAGGCCAAGAUGUUCUCACGUCAUGAAAUUGUUUCCCUGGCCAAACGCACCAAGGAAGCCCACAAAAAGUGUGCCCUCCAUGAAGAACUAUACAUCAUGUUCUCUACGGAGAAGAAGUCUAUGCUUUGCAUCAACUGUUUCAGAGACAUGCCAGUGGAAAGCAGAGCGCACUGCAUUGAUAUUGAGACAGCCUAUAUGCAAGGCUGUGAAAAACUGGACCAAGCCGUUUUAGCUGUGAAGGAGCUCCAGACGUCAGCACGAGAAGCUAUUGCUCUACUGAAAGCUAUGAUUGGAGAAGUCAGGGCAAAUGUGGAUGAGGAGGAGAGUGCAAUCUGUACCCUUUUUAACAGCAUGCAGGAAAAACUAGCAGAGAGAAAGAAGGUUCUACUUAAAGCAGCUCAAAGCCAGCAUGAGGAAAAGGAACGAGCUUUUAAAGAACAGCUGUCACAUCUGGCUGCACUGCUGCCGACUCUACAGGUCCAUCUGGUUACAUGCUCUGCUUUCCUUAGUUCAGCAAAUAAGUUUGAGUUUCUGGACAUGGGCUAUCAACUGAUGGAGAGGCUGAAGAAGAUUGUAAAGCUGCCUCACAGACUGAGGCCAUCCCAGAGCAGUAAGAUAAACACGGAGUAUCGAUCCGAGUUUGCCCGCUGUCUGGAGCCACUGUUACUUCUGGGUCAGCGACGCUCAGUGUCCACAUCAGGCAGCGUCUCAGGACUGGGCACUAGCGGUGGAUUGCUGCCAUCUGUGACCUGUCACACCCCAACAGGUGGACAUAUGAUACUAGACUCUUCAGUGGUCCGAAAGCCCACUUCUCACCGCUACAUCAGCACUAAAGUCCUCCUGGCUGAGGGUGGAGAGAGUCCUUUCAUGGAGCACUGCAGAGAUUAUGAGAACAGCUACAAGAAUUUGCAGACGGAAAUCCAGAAGCUUAAAGAUCAGGUUCAGGAGAUUCAUCGAGAUCUGACUAAACACCAUUCCCUCAUAAAGACAGACACCAUGAGCGAGAUCCUGGACAGGUCUCUGGAGAUGGAUGGUGAGAUCUCAUCAGAAUACGCAUCUGUCGAGAUGAUGAGGGCAAUGUUUGAGGAGAUCUGGGAAGAGACGUACCAAAGGGUGGCAAAUGAGCAAGAAAUUUACGAGGCACAACUUCAUGACUUGGCUCAGUUAAAGCAAGAGAAUUCCUACCUGACGACUAUUGCCCGGCAAAUAGGCCCUUACAUCCGAUCCAUAACGAAGGUGAAAGAACGCCUAGAACCCAGCAGGCUCAAGGAGCCAAAGGAGCUUAAAGAUGACCACACAGAGACGAUGCUGAAAAUUUACGAGGACAGCAGCAUAGCAGCUGAUAACCAGGACAGCAAUGAACGCUCACUUGCCCAUGAAGACUAUUGCACUCUGAACCUAUCUGACGACUCCACUCUCAAAAGCAAGGACCUGUAUAGGCUCAACAAACAGAAAUGCACAACUGACAUGAGCCACUGCGUCCCUGUUAAACCGCAACUCAGCUGAUUAAGCAGACCGACAAACUCCCUCAACUAUUUGCAUACUUGUGAACAGAAGACACUCGCUAAGACAUUGUUGAUGAAAAUGCACUUAAUCUGCUUUGGAGUGCACCGAUUAAACAAAAACAUAAUAUAUUAAAUAUAUUACUCAUA